UGUCAUUGCAUGACUUUGCGGCUUAAACAACAAAAAAUAAUUCGCUGGUCUUCAACUGAGUUCAUUUGUGAUUUUCAACAAUAUUAAGAGAAAAUUAGAUAAAAAAUGCCUGUCGAAAACUUGGAAGAAGAGGGCUUGGAAAAGAAUCCAAAACUCGAAUUAGCCCAGUAUAAGUUCCUGUUGUCAUUACCCGAACAUAAACAAGAUACUGCUUUGAAAGCAAAACUACUCGAUGCAGUACGUGCUGAUAAUAUGGCUCCAUGGUACGAGCAUAUAUGUGUGGAACUGAACUGGACAGUGGAUAAGGAUCUGCUUGCGCGGAUGCGUGAACAAAACCGUUUGGAGCUAGCCAAAUUGGAUGAGGCCAUCGAAGAUGCGGAAAAGAAUUUGGGAGAAAUGGAAGUGCGAGAAGCUAAUUUGAAGAAGUCUGAAUAUUUGUGUCGAAUUGGUGACAAGGUCGCUGCUGAAUCGGCUUUCCGUAAAACAUAUGAAAAAACCGUCUCAUUGGGUCAUCGUUUGGAUAUUAUUUUCCAUCUUAUCCGACUUGGUCUCUUUUACUUGGAUCAUGAUCUAAUUACUCGCAAUAUUGAUAAGGCAAAGCAUCUUAUUGAAGAAGGUGGCGAUUGGGAUCGACGCAAUCGUUUAAAAGUCUACCAAGGCAUAUAUUCUGUUGCUGUGCGCGAUUUUAAAGCAGCUGCUAACUUCUUUUUGGAUACCGUCAGCACCUUCACCUCAUAUGAACUAAUGGAUUAUCCUACAUUCGUCCGCUAUACAGUUUAUGUGGCAAUGAUUGCUCUACCACGUAAUGAAUUGCGUGACAAAGUAGUGAAAGGCGCAGAAAUUCAGGAAGUACUCCACGGUCUGCCCGACGUAAAACAAUAUUUGUUCGCCUUAUACAACUGUCAUUAUGCCGAGUUUUUCAAACAUCUGGCUGAUGUAGAGCUGGUAUUGCGAAGUGACUAUUUAGCUAAUCCACAUUACCGUUUCUACAUCCGCGAAAUGCGCAUUCUUGCUUACACUCAACUGCUUGAAUCGUAUCGCUCGUUAACCUUACAAUAUAUGGCUGAAGCAUUCGGUGUAGAUGUAGAUUACAUAGACCAAGAGCUGUCACGUUUCAUUGCUGCUGGUCGGCUACAUGCAAAGGUAGACCGUGUCGGUGGAAUCGUUGAAACUAAUCGGCCAGAUAAUAAGAACUGGCAGUAUCAAGCUACUAUUAAGCAGGGUGAUCUGCUACUCAACCGUAUUCAGAAGCUGAGUCGUGUCAUUAAUAUUUAAACUGUAAAACCACCAUUGACAUUAACCGAUUUGUAUGAUUAAAAUUUGAAAUAAAAACAAAUUAAUUCCCCAAA